UCUGUGUUCCCGGGUCCUGUGAAGUACAGUAGGAAUGGGGUUCAAAGGAGAGCUCUGUUAAUGCUACAGAUUGGUCUUUCCAUCCUGCAGGAGAAGCUACUGGUCCAGUAGCCAUGUCACCAAGUUCUUUGGCCAUCACCCUCUUCUUGACUGUUGUUGCUGGUAUCAAGUGCAAUGGGACGGAAGUUUGUGCCGGAAGCCCUGGGAUCCCUGGCGCUCCUGGAAACCAUGGUCUGCCUGGCAGAGAUGGGAGAGAUGGUAUCAAAGGAGACCCUGGGCCUCCAGGUCCUAUGGGCCCUCCUGGAGGAAUGCCAGGUCUUCCUGGGCGCGAUGGGUUGCCUGGAGCCCCUGGCGCACCUGGAGAACAUGGAGAAAAGGGAGAGCCUGGAGAAAGGGGCCUUCCAGGGUUUCCAGCUUACCUGGAUGAGGAGCUCCAGACUGAACUCUAUGAGAUCAAACAUCAGAUUCUGCAAACAGUGGGAGUCCUCAGGUUGCAAGGAUCCAUGCUGUCAGUGGGGGAUAAAGUCUUUUCCACCAAUGGGCAGUCAGUCAACUUUGAUACCACUAGAGAGAUAUGUACCAGAGCAGGUGGCCAUAUUGCUGUCCCGAGGAAUCCAGAGGAGAACGAGGCCAUCGCAAGCAUUGCAAAGAAGUACAACACCUAUGUCUACUUAGGCGUGAUCGAAGACCAGACUCCUGGAGACUUCCGCUAUCUGGAUGGGGCUUCUGUGAACUACACCAAUUGGUAUGCAGGAGAGCCCAGGGGUCGGGGCAAAGAGAAGUGUGUAGAAAUGUAUACAGAUGGGAAAUGGAAUGACAAGGGCUGCCUGCAGUAUCGGUUGGCCAUUUGUGAAUUUUGAUCAAGCAAUUAGAUGAAAAGAUAAAACCGCAUUCUGUCUCUAAGCCUCUAUCCUGAUGAUUCACCUGGUCUGUAAGACCCUGCAACUACCUUUCAAGCAAAUUUACUUGUGUUCAUCAGAAUUAGAAGUAUCCUUAGUCACCCCGCCUCCCCAAACUCUUCUCCAUAUUCAUUAGUAAUCCUGAGUGUUCCCCUAGAGUCCCAUCUGAGCAUUCAACUCAAGGCAGCCACUGUCAACCUGGGCCUUCACCAUGAGAUGGAUGGAGACUUCCCUUUUUCUCACCUUGUCUAGUCUUUAUUUAUAAGUCGUGGACAUGAAGACACAGCAUGGUAGGACCCUCUAAAUUACACAGAAAGUGUUCCCUGACCCUUCUACCCUUCUUCUGCAGCUAACUGUCCCAAGAUUUAGAAGUCCAAGUUAAACAUAAAAGAUAGUCAUAGGGGAUUUCUGGGAAAUUCCUAGUAUGUGGAGGUAGGUCAUAUUCAGUGUCCUCUGUGUUCAAGGCAAA